UUAUUAUCUUCCACACGUUCCUUCCUACUUCCCUUCCGUCAUCUCACGACACAAUCAAAAUUAUUCAGAGAGGAGAGAGACAUCCAAACUCAAAGAACCUCUCAGAUCUAAAAAAAACGACACCGUUCUCAACUCAACAUCUCAUCAAUUAAUCAUGUCUUCUACCUUUAGCGGCGAUGAAACUGCUCCGUUCUUCGGCUUCCUCGGCGCCGCCGCUGCUCUCGUCUUCUCCUGUAUGGGAGCUGCGUAUGGAACAGCCAAGAGUGGUGUUGGAGUGGCGUCUAUGGGUGUGAUGAGGCCUGAGCUUGUAAUGAAGUCAAUUGUGCCAGUUGUUAUGGCUGGUGUGUUGGGUAUAUAUGGUUUGAUUAUUGCAGUUAUUAUUAGUACUGGUAUUAACCCUAAGGCUAAGUCGUAUUACCUUUUCGAUGGCUACGCACAUCUCUCUUCCGGUCUUUCCUGUGGCCUUGCUGGUCUUUCUGCUGGUAUGGCUAUUGGAAUUGUUGGUGACGCUGGUGUCAGAGCUAAUGCACAACAACCAAAACUCUUUGUUGGUAUGAUCCUUAUCCUCAUUUUUGCUGAAGCCUUGGCACUGUACGGGCUUAUUGUUGGCAUCAUCUUGUCUUCCCGAGCUGGCCAGUCUAGGGCUGAAUAAGCGGGGAGGUUAAUACCUUUCAUUAUUCUUUUAUGGCUUCCGAAUGUGUGACUGCAGGGGAAGCACUUGCAGGAUUUUGAAAAAUUCUCGUUAUGGAAGUGCCUGCUCUGCCAUGCAUUUAGUGGGUGGUUUCUUUGUACUGUUUGCUGAAAUAGGAUCGAGUUUAUCUGCGGAAUAAAAGUUUGUGAAGCUGUUAAACUUUUGGUUUAUUUUUUUUAUGUAUCAAUGUGUUUUUGCUGGAAACUGGUAUAGAAACUUUAGUUGUAAUUCUAAUUAAUUCAUCCAUGGAUUUCUUAUUUAUUGAAUAUGCUGAAUGAACGGUUAUUUUUUAA